GUUUGUGUGGAAGUAAUACCCAGGUGGUUUGUUAAUGGAAUUAUCAGAAAAGUCCUGUCAUGUAUUCGACUUCAAAAUAUAGCUCUAUAAACACCUUUACAUAUUGCUUGCGAUACGCUUAUUUAAACAAGCAGUGCAAAAUAUCUGUAAACCUAAUAAGACUGAAGACUGAACAGCACGUUUUGUAACUGUAUCUGUUAAUCGCGAAUUCACACUUUUUGUGCCUUUUGCCAUGACGGCGACGCUGAUAACCAAUUUUUAUUGGAAGUAACCCAAUCUCACUAUCUUGGGGAAGUUCCGGGGAACUUUGGGUAGAUUUUGGAGUUUUCUUCGAAGUUGCAAGAAGUGUGGUAAUUAUCCCUAGAUUUUGGGGAAACAUUAAGGAAGACUCAAAAUUUCAACAGACAUUUUGGCGAUUUUCCCCAGACCUGGGGAUAAUUGGGAGUUUUUGUGCCAUCUCAAAGUUUUCUAUUGCGGCUUCCCAGAAGUUCACAUAAAACGGAUAAAAUUUCCCCCAAAAUGGGGAGUCUGGGAAGGUACAUGGACGAAUUUGAAUCACUUCUUAGUCGAGUUAACAUUUUCUAGUUAGGAAACAAUUUAUGCUAAAGAAAAUCGUCACAUUUUAGUGGAGAUACGACUUAGACGCAAUUAUCCAACCUAUGUAUUUAGAUUACUAGGAUACUCACCACGAACUGAAGUAGGCUAUAAUUUGAGUAAUAGUUUCGCACCGAGACUCGACAAACGUCCCGACACCCUACUUCUGGCCUAGUUCUUCUAUGGCGGUGUGUGAAUGAGAUAAUUAUUUUUCAAGUUUCUCUGAGGCAAAUCAUCAAGUUUACUGUCCACUAACAGUCCUAUUACUCUGUAAUUUCGAUAACACAAUGAUUGUUUAAUUACUACCCACCUCUAUAUGCUUCUCCGAUCGCAGGUACUCUCAACAGCGUACGCAUUUCAGGUUUUACGUUGUACUGAAUCCAGACAUUUGUUCGUACCAUUAUGCAUUGUUGAAGUUUUCUAAAUUUGUUUGGACUCAAAGUGUUUUGGGCCAGCGGGUUCGGUCAGAUAUCGUAAUAUGUAUUUUUUUUUAAACUCCCGUUGAAGUUACUCUUUCACCUUGAGUCGCUUCGGCACACUGCAUUUCAAUCAGUCACGUUUGUAUUUGAUUUCUUCUUGCUAGUUUAUGUAUAGAUUCACAGUGUUUUCGUGACUAAUGAGAUGCAGAAUGUUUCCUGUGAAAAACUAUAAAUCUAAACUACCCAAGUAAAAAUAUUUAAGCUAUUACGGUUCAUCCGGUUGCCAAAAAAUGUUUUUCUGUUUCAUAUGCGGCUAUCUAUUUGAUAGUUUCCGAUCAUGAUUUUUGGAUUUUUCAAGUUUCAUUCAGGGUGUGGAUGACUAGGAAUUAUCACUUAAUGUAGGUUAAAGACAUUCAUGACAGUUCUUUAAUUAUAAUUAUCCCAUUUAUUUUAUUUUUCAGUUCUUAAAUAUAUUUCUAUUUAAAGUGUCGGGUUUUCUGCGAAAUAAUCACUUCCUACGCCUUGAUUUUAAUUGGUAUUUAUGGUGGUUUAAGAACAUCUAAAAUGACAGAUUGGUUUCAUAGGAAUCACUUAAAGGCUACUGCUAAGUAUAAUUUCGACGUUGGUGCAGUUGCUAAAGAUUUAAGCUGCAAGACUCUGUGCAGUGACGCUGCAAAACGUCGUGUUGAACUUCUCAAGCUGAUAUCAGAUCCAUCAGUACCAUGUGAAGCAGUCAUAACCUCCUUAAAUCGAUAUUUACAGUUAUUAAUGGGAUUCAUUUUGGCAACUGAUAAUAAAACGCCGUACAGUAAAUUAAGAGGUCUCGUUUGUGUGAAAUGGUGUGACAGUAUAAAGCCAAAGGGUGAACCAAUCGUUCGCUCAGAUUCUAUCUUUGAAUUAUACUCAAUACUUUUCAAUGUUGCUUUAUGGUAUACUAAACAUGCAGCAAAAGUUGCUUCUAACGAGAAUGUUUCAGAAGAUGAAGCCAAGGAUGUUCAUUUAUCACUUAAAACAGCUGCUGGAUUAUUUAAUUUAUUACGGACAAAAUAUAUGCAUGAGUUCACAGAAUUUGUUCCGAACAGUGAUAUGGAUCCAAAUAUUUUAGAUGCCUAUAUAAAUCAGUCUUUAGCAGAAGCUCAAGAAAUCACUGUUGCCAGAGCAAUUGAAUUAAAACAUAAACCACAUUUAAUCGCUGGUUUGGCCAAUGAAACUGCUAAGUUUUACGAAAAAUGUGGUUUGGCUUUAACACAAUGUAAUCCUAAAAUUGUUGGCAAAUGGAAAAAAUAUUCAGAAUUUAAACAGUUUUGUUAUGAAUCCUAUGCAUAUAUUUACUAUGGUGAGGACUUAUUGGAAAACGGAAAGGCAGGUCAAGCUGUGGCAAUUCUUAAAGAGGCAUCUACUCCAUAUGAGAAGGCAGUUCGUGCUGCACGUGAAUACACAAAAGUUGAAGGUGUCAGUUUGUCAACUAAACCACCUGAUCAUUGUUUUUUCCGUCGUCUGCCUGGACUAAUUCAACGCGCACAUAAUAAAUGUGAACGUGAUAAUGGAUUAAUAUAUCAUCAGAAAAUUCCAAGUGUCGCGCCAUUUUUGGAAAUAAAAGCGGAGUAUGGCAUUGCAGCGCCCAAAGAACCUGAGCUCAAUUUCGAGUUAGAUCCCAGGUGGAAAGACGCUUACGUUGGGUUUGAUACUACCAAAGUAGUGGAGAAUAUUUUAUCAAACUCUAAAAAUCCAAAAAAUCAUACACAAUCUGGAACCAAAGAUGAACCAGUUGAGCCAGUUCGUGAAAUGCCUAUUUUUAGUACUGAUAAAGAUCCAAAAAAUGACAGUGGAUGUGUUAUUUCAUAAUAUGGAUUAUUACAAGAUUACCUUCGGAAUUCUCUUAACAACUUUAUUCAUUGAUUUAAAAAAUUUUGUAUCACAGUAUGUGUGUUCUUUCCAUUUUUUUGAAUUUAUGACAAUCAAUAUAUGUGCUAUGGUUAACAAAAGUGUGAUGACUAUUAAUUAGCUUUUAAUCUUUAUUUUUAUUCAUGAUUUGUUAUUUUUUUGUUACGUGAUACGUUACUCAUUUAUGGUAUAUUUCGUUGAAUAUAUUGUAUAUAUAUAUAUUUACAUAAAUCGCCAAUAGUUUAUCUUGUUAAGAUAUUUAUGGGCAUUUAUCAUUUCAGCGUCUUAUCGAUUCUACUAUUUUACAUCGUUCCUUCAAUGAAUUGUAAUAGUAUUACUUAAGGC